AUGUUAUCAAGAACUUCUAAAUUAUUCUCAACAUUAAAAAAAUGUAACGGUUUUGCACGUCGUUCAUACGGUGCUGCUGUUAAAAGUGCUGGUGGUGCUUAUCCAGAUACUCCAGGACCAGAUGCUGAAAUUGUUGAAGUCGAAAUCAACUACGGUGACGCAAUUUAUUCAUAUAAACAUCAAAAUUUUGUUAUGGAUCCAAAUGAUAUCAACGAAGCAGUUGAACAUAUGCAAACAUUAAUUCACGCCAAAACUCAUCAUCAUCAUAAUCAUGGUCCAAAUUGUAACCAUGACCACGAUCAUGAUCACCACGAUGAUCAUCACCACCACGUUGAUCCAAACGAAAUUGAAGAUGUCAUGCCAAGAGGUUUCUUCUUAAACAAACCACCAGGUCUUCCAUUCCCAAUCCCAGUCUCUCUUUUCGUUUUAGCUUUAGCUGGUCCAGUUAUUGCUGGUAUGAUUGCAAGUUAUGUUUUUGAUAAAGAAGAAAAAGAAGAAAUGGAUAGAUAUAAAGAAAAUUAUUAUAGAGAAAACCCAGAAUUUAAAGAACUUGUUGAUAAAUUAACUAAAAAAGAAUACCCAUUAUCACAUUAA